AAAGCGAGUCUGGAGGCAUGCCGCUGUUAGAGCUGCAGCAGUGCUCACCAUGGGGAGAGUCCGACACAGCCCGCCCCCGCUCUGGCUGGGGGCUGCCGUCGCAGUCUGCCUGGUGACCGUGGGAUUGGGAUUGGCUGUACCCCAGGGUGCAGGCUGGGCGCAGCUCCUGAGGCAUCGCCGCAGCAGUAACAGCUCUUCACCCCCGGAGCCUCCCAAGGACGCCAACGGCCGCCCCAUGCCUCCCCCAGACGGCUACGCCCACGGAAGGGGGAGGAGGGACGCACACAGCUUUAGUUCUGAAACAACCACAGCAGUCCCACUAGAAUACAUCAAUUCUGGUUCUGCCAGAGAGAAGCGCAGCAGUGGUGAUGACGAGGCCGUGGGGUCACCUCACGUCCUGGAGAUGACAGGUGGCAGGAACCGUCGUUCCAGCAACCAUUCGGCGCCACCAAGAGGCCCGCCCCCCAACCGAGGGCGCAGGGCUACUGGAGACCUUGAGAGUGCUGCUGCAGAUGGUGGAGUCGGCCAGUGGGACGAUGCACAGCAGCCAGUAGCCUUAGAGAGGGAGCGGCGCGCCAGCAACCAUUCUGGUCCUCCCAGAGGACCUCCACCCGGCAGGGGCCGCAGGGAACUGGAGAAGGAGGAGCCAGAGGCUGUGGACGAUGAUGGCCAGUGGAAAAACACAUGGCAGCCAGUGGCAGUAAUGAGGGAGAGGCGGGCCAGCAACCACUCGCGACCUCCCAAGGGGCCUCCGCCUGGCAACCAUUCAGGACGUCCCAAGGGGCCCCCACCCAGCAGAGGCCGCAGGCAGCUCCACCAACAGGCACCAGGAGCAGAGGCCGAGGACUGGGAACAGCUGGAGCAGAGUGAAGCGCUGGCAAGGGAGAGGCGGGCCAGCAACCACUCGAGACCUCCCAAGGGGCCUCCACCCGGCAGGGGCAGCGGCCAGCUGCACCACUCAGCAGAGGACGAAGAGGUAGCGCACGCGAUGCGACAGCGGCGGGACUCGACUUCGGACAGCAGCAGCAGCAGCAGCGAGGACAGCGCUGACGACGACGACGAAGACGAGGACGAAGAAGACGAAGACGACUCCAGCCCCCGCGGUCCGCCCCGGCGCGGCCGGCCGCCUCCGACGGGCGGCCCCCACGGUAGGGGCCCGCCCCCCAGGGGCUGCGGCCGCCGCCGACCCCCGUCAGACUCCGGCACCAACUCCACCACCACAGACACCGACACGGAGACGGUGGAGAGGUACUCCAGGCGCCGCGGCAGGAACAGGGGCUGACCGCCGCCACUGAUGUGUACACACUUGUCAAAUAAA